CGCUGUGUCACAGAGAGUCCCCUUAAGCCUACGUGACAACUCACAUACUGUCCCUUUGUGACCAGCUUAAUCGGCAGAAUGCCCGCUCUCUGCGUGCUUUGUCUCGCCGCCGCGCUGGCUGCGUUCACCCGGCUCGCCGGCACCGUGGGGCCGGUGGUCCGAUGCGAGCCGUGCGACGCCGGGGCGCUCCUGCAGUGCAAGCCCUUGCCGAAGGACUGCGCGGAGCGUGUGAGGGAGCCCGGCUGCGGCUGCUGCAUGACGUGCGCCCUGGCCGAGGGACUGGCUUGUGGAGUGUACACGGCGCGCUGUGGCUCCGGCUUAGCCUGCCAGCACCAGCCGAGGGAGAUCCGACCCCUGCAAGCUCUGCUGGAGGGACGGGGAGUGUGCUCCAGGGCCGCGUCCAAAAAGCUCAACAGCAUUCUUAUACCGCCGCAAAAACCAGAGAAUGCUGGAAAUCAGGUAGAAGAAGGCUAUGCCAACGUGACCGCAGCGAUGACAGUGUUGCCUGGCAUGGCGACCGUGAGGGGUGGGCACAGCCGGGGCUCGAUGGACACUAGGCCUCCUCUGCACAACAAGCUGAUCCAGAAAGAACAGAACAGGAAGACUCAGAGCUACAAGGUGGAAUCGGUGUCCGGAGGAGCCAACAUGGACAUGCACAACUUCUCCCUGGAAAACAAGAGGGAGACCGAGUAUGGGCCGUGUCGGAGGGAGAUGGAGAGCAUCCUGAGCAGUCUUAAAAUCAGCAACGUGCUCAACCCAAGAGGCUUCCGCAUACCCAACUGUGACAGAAAGGGCUUCUACAAGAAAAAACAGUGCCGUCCAUCCAAAGGAAGGAGGCGGGGCUACUGCUGGUGCGUAGACAAAUACGGGCAGCCUCUGCCGGGCUACGACGGCAGGGAGCGGGGCGAGACACAGUGCUACAACCUGGAGAGCAAAUGAGAGGGACGACGAGUGGACGGAGAGAGGAAGACAGAGAAUACAAGGGGGGGCGGGGGAGAAAGAAGGAGAGAGAAAGCCUACUUUGCUCUUGCAUGUAGUUUUAUGUAAACAUUUGAAGGGGCUCUGGACCUUUGAUUUCAGGUCCCAUUUUUGUCAGAGUUAGGGAGAGGGGAGGGGGAAGGGGUGGAGCACAGCCUCGGCGACUGGCCAAGCCUCCUGUCCAUCACAGCUAUCUGUCCUGUGCUUAGGGAACUUUUAUCCUUUCUUUAAAAAAAAAACAACUAAGCUGAAAGCUAAGAGAAAAUGGGAAGAGAGGGAGAAUCCUACCAUCUGCACUAUUCUUUUAGAGAGAGAAAGGAGGGACUUUUCCACUCACUUUAAAGAGGACUCGAUUGUGACUGUGACCCAAAAAACCGCACCACCACCAUUUCUAUUGUGUGUCUGUCUGUGAGUGUGUAGCCGCAAGUCUGUGUCUGUGUGUGUGUGUGUGUGUGUGUGUGUCUUAAGGUGUGAGCACCUGCAUAACAUACGUGUGCACAGCUGCAUGUCUGUGCAAGAUGGCGUGCGAGUGAGUGCUUUCCAAAAAGUGUUUAUUUGUGUAAAUACUGUAUGUUACUAAGCUCGGUUUAGAGACCGCCCGUCCCCAGCCCCCUGCUCCAUUAAACAAUGCAGAAAAUAAAAAAAUGCUCUCUGGCUCAGGGUCCAUUUUGAAGUGAAGGAUUAUGGGAUGGCAGGGCUUUGACUUUUUAUCAAGCAACAAGGGCCCUCCUUGCUGCCUCUGGCUUGUCCCUCGCCCCCGCUACUGGGAAGGGAAUCGAGGCUGCCAUGCAGUUACAGUGCCUUAAAACCAGAUCUUUCCACGCCUACCCUCCCCUUCACCCCCUGUAGUCCUCGAAUAAGGGAAUACUUCACUAAAAUGUAUCUUCUGAUUAUCAAAUACUCAUCCCACGCAGCGUUGAAAUGUGGCUCUGAAAGACUUGCUUAUAUAUGUUGGACAGCAGCUGCAGUUUAUUAGGAUUAACAACAGCCACGGUGAAUGUAAAGGGUGAUCAAGCAAAAAUGGCAUUAAAACAUAAAAAAAACUUCUGAAACCACCCCAUGUGCAAAAAAUGCAGGUGUAGAAAGUGUGAAGUAAAAGUUAUGUUUUGUGCUAUGUUUUGGAACAUACUGAAGAAAUGGGUCGACAAAGGACAUAAAGAUGAAAAAUUGACAGCUAUAAAAAUAACAAUUUAAUCAAUCUAGGAAAUGUUGUAUUACUUAUCCAAGCAUCUGCUAUCACAGCUUCCAUUCAACCAAAAGAAAGAUGCAACUCAUCGGUUUGUGCAAAAUUACUUCAAAUAACAGCUAACAUGAACACAUCAGGUUGAAUAAUGAAGCAAAUGUGAAACAGGAAUUUAUUCGGCUAUCCGGCAAUCCAAUUAUGGCUAAAGGUGCAGCCACUUUGCAUAAAGAUGGACAUCUUGCGCUUUUGGAGCAACAGUUUGCACUGUAACAAUUAGGACAGUAGAGCUACAUUAUCAAUUUCCCACCCUCUGCACCUCUCCGACCCCAUCACGAGCAGCACCGUUGAUCAUUGGCACACAUAUUAGCACACACAGUUGUCAAUCAUGAUGCCACACUCCCAUUUUAUAGCAUCAAAUUAGAACUCAAACAAACUUCAAGGUGAUGUUUUUUUGACAUCUACUUGAGUAUUUAGUUUGGCCUAUGUCCCAUCCACUAACAUGGGAGGGGGCGGGGUUUAUGACCUGCAGCCAGCCACCAAGGGGCGAUCGAGAUGUUUUGGCAUCCCUUUCAGAAAGCUGUCAUGUUCAUCUUUAUGCAGAGUAAUUUUGGAACAGCUUUAAUUGUUGUUAGCAUGGUUAGCUGUUAAUGUUUGCAGUUGCAAAUGACCAACAGCUCAAAGUUGCACAUUUUGCCAUGUUUUGGCAACACUGUAAAAAGAAACUAUUUGUUUUAACCUUAAAAAGGUAGCUGCUGAUAUGAAUGUGUGGAACAUAACAAUCAUACAGAUGGACAGUGGAGAGGUGGAUUAUGCUGCUGCAGUGGUUUGACAAGUUUCCAUGGACAUUUUGAUACUUCUGUGUGACUACAGCUGCCAUUCUCGGUGAAAGAGAGAGUUACAACUUUUUCAGAGCCACUUUUUAAGCUGACGGGGGAGUAUUUCAAAUUCAAAGGGUAGAUUGUUGGUGGAGUAUUAUUAUAAGGUGCUCACAUGCCUCCCUGCUGUCUUCGGGAUCAGUUUAGUGUUCUGUCUCUUUCCCACUACCUACUGUUCCUGUCCACAUCCCUGUCCAAGUUCUGCUGUAGCUCUAACCUGCUCUCCUUUGUCCGCUUUCCCGUCCUUGUCCGUCAUGCAGCUCCAGUGCUGAGGUCUUCCAGUCCUUCAUGUCUGUGCCCCCUGUCUUAAAAUUUGUCCUUGUCUGUGUGCCUGAUCCCAUGUCCAACCCACUAACCCGAGCUGUCAGUCCCCACCCCAGCACUCCGCCCCACCUCCGGUCCUCUUCCUGUCAGUGGUGCAACCUGGUGUAGGCUUGUUUGAACGGGGCGAGCCUGGUGUGACCGCCCGCCCUGCCGCAGGUGCCAGCUGCCCCUAUGCUUCAAGCCCAAGCACAAGCACUUAAAGCACUUUAGCUGCGCCGCUACUCGUCAAUGCAUGCAGUUAAAGACAAUUGGACCUAUCUGGAUCUGCAUACCUUUCCUUCGAGGUAAUGUCAGAUGAAACAGUGUGAUACUGUAAGAAAACAAUAAUAAACCAGGGAGGAGGGGGAAAAAAAGAAACACGAAGCUACACCAGGACUUCUGACAGCAAACUUAGCGAACACCCCUCAGAAAAUUUUCCAUUCAAUGCAACUAUUUUCUUUUUUGUUGUUGUUGUUUUUGUUUCUUUGAAAAAUGCUUGUAUGAUCGUAUGCCAACAAAUCUCCACAAGGUGGACACAGCACCAAAUAUGCAUUCACACAAGUGGUAGGGGGUCUGAGGGAGGAGGCGGGGUACUCCCCGAGGAGCUUCCUGCCCGAUGCUCUCCCACAUCCUGUGUAAAGACUUGAAAAGUGGAGAGCGUGCCGACAAAGAAUGCUUGCCCAGUAGCUUGGUAGCAUGAAAUCGGCUGUACACUUCCUUUAAUAGAGAGCAGCAACUUACAACCAACCUGUUGGUGCUAUAUCCCAUCUAUUCAAAGACUUGAUGUAAGGGGAGGAACAUACAUACAAAUAUGUUUAAGCUAUUCCCUCCCUAAUAUUUGUAAGUGUGUCUUUUUAU